AUGGUUCAUUCAUUCCAACCGUCCACUAAGAUGAUGCAGCUUGAUGAUGUUAGCAUCGAUCUGACCCUUGGUAUAAACGCCAGUGCCAUCAAUUUUGAGACAUUCGCAAAAAACAUCUGGAGCUAUAUUCUCAACUUCUACCCAGAAGGUCCAAAACCUUUCCUUAAAACAGAAGUUUUGACUUCAUUGCUGACAAGAGUCGCCGACAUAAUGGAGAAGGAACCAACAAUCAUUGAGCUCGCUGGAGAAGUCACGGUUAUGGGUCCUAUAUAUGGAGAAGGUGAUUCCCUCAUAACGCUUUUGUCAUUGGCUGGUAUGCCACCACAAAGAACCUAUGUUUUCCUUGGAUGCUAUUUCGGCCUAGGUUUUGCACCCUUAGAAAGCCUUCUAUUACUUUUCUGCUUGAAAUGUCUUUAUCCAACCAAGCUUUACCUGUUGAAGGGGCAUUUAGAAGAGGCAGGGUCGAUAAAGAGUUUGGGCUUGGAUGAGUGGUUAUUCAGAAGAAAAGUUCCACGAGACUCGGUGCUAAAAGUCUCUGAUCAGGUUAUGCGUACAGUCGCUCAAAUGCCAGUUGGAGCUAUGAUCGGUUCAAAAAUUCUAUGUCUUCCUGGAGGACCCGGUCCUGCAAUACGAGAACAUGGAUUGGCAGCACUGCGCACCUGCUCAAGAUCAGCCAUGUCUCAGCUGGAUAAAACACUGUGUAUGGAAGCUGCCUGGACCGUAAUGAAAUUAGAAGCAAACCCAGUGACAACUGACGAUGGUAUCCCAACUUUCACUGAGGCUCAGUGUACAUCAUUCUGUAAAGCGAACAACCUGGCACUUAUCGUACGCGGGCGACAGUUGGUCGAUGAAGGAUUUCUAAACUAUCCGAAAGAAGCUUUAACUAUCGUUUCAGCGGUGGCUUAUUUGGACAAUUUUAGAAAUUGCGCUGCUGCUGUCACUUUCCAAGGACUGAAUGCUUCUGUAGUUCGCUACCGAAUGGAUGAAGGAGAACCAAAAUCACUGGAUAUUGUCAAACCAGGCAUAGGAAGAAAUGCAAUGGCAUAUCCUGUGUAA